UUAGUUGAACUUCUUUUUUAAAAUAAAAAUAAAGUGUGUCAAGUGAUAAGACUGUAAAGGGGUGUGGUCCGUUCACCAUUGUCACUUCGGCGCUCAACAUACCAGAGGCUCUGUGCAAUGAGCUGCUGCGGCAUCGCCGGUUCCUCAUGGCUGAGUCCGAAAACCCCCAAAUUCAUCACAAACGUCGCAGCUUGCAGCUUUCGGCCUAUGGACAACAUCUCCUCGGCUUACAUCGCAACAACACCUCUUCGCCGAUCGCUUCUUACGGCCGGCGGUGGUACAACCCGGAACGUCGCGGAUCGAUCAGUCCAGCACCGGAAAUCGUCCUCCAUUGGGUGGAAGCGGAUGCUCUUUCCGGUGGACAACAUCAAGGAAGUGGACAAGUACUAUGAUCUACUAAUCAUUUUGGAGACAGCUCACCAUGAUGAGUGGAGGCGAGGCCGUGUACCUACUGUGAGGAGUUACGUCAGCUAGACUAUGAUUAUCCACUAAAUGAGCACGCACGAGCUAUGUGUGGAGUGGGGCCUGCUUUUCAGGAGCCAGUGGAUGAUGAUGUGCAGACUGAUGAGGAUCGGCGGUUAAUGGAUUCUGACAUGGAGGCCAAAUCUAGUAAAGAUGACUCCGAUUAUGAUUUUGAUGCAGGUGGCAUGACCCCUGAUGUGGAGAAGGAGUACGACUAGCCAGGUGUAAAUGAAGUAGAUGGAGACAUAAAGGGAUCAUAGAUUGCGGAUGACAUUGAACACAAGCAAAAGUAGCAUGUUGGAUGCAAUGUGGCGCCUAAAACUAUGUCCCAAGACUAUUUAGUCAUUAAAUUAAGUCUAGGGACUUAGAGGGCAAUUAAAGAGAAAAGUUAAUAAAAAUACCCCAAGCUGAUCAUUCACGUACUAUUUUGUAACUUUUGAAUUGAGAGUGGAGGCUAAAAUAUUGUGGAGAGAAAGGUUUCACCUUGUUAACGUCUAAUUCCAUCAAGACAAUUUCUUUUGACGUUUUGGUAUGAUGAACAUUACUAUUUUGAUUCCCUUUUUAUUCAUGAGUAGCUAAGUUUCGUAGUUAGGGUUAUGGAAGACUUGUAACAUACGAUCUAUUACUUUGGGUUUUUAAUUCGUUAUGCAUUGAUUUCCUUA